AUGUCCUGCCAAACCAACGGGCAAGACCCCGAAGCUUGCAACGACUGCUCCCAAACCACGUCUUGUACAGCCAACGGCAACCUCGUCGAUAUCGAAGACUACAAAACCGAGCUGAGCACUCUUCGAGCGAGGACAAAAGAACUUGAAGCAAAACUCGCCAACCUCGAGAUUUCGUCUGAUAAACCUACUCUGCGUUCGACGAAAUGGUUUAACCGCGACGACGACAAGGCCAUGUCCGCUCUCUACGUCGACAGAUAUCUGAACUAUGGACUCACAAGGGAGGAGCUCAUGUCCAAUAGACCGAUCAUCGGGAUUGCGAACUCCGGGUCGGAUCUGGCGCCUUGUAAUCAGUAUCACACGACACUGGCGAAGAGGGUUCGAGAGGGAAUCAGGACUGCCGGAGGUAUUGCUAUUGAGUUCCCGACGCAUCCCAUUCAGGAAAGUUCGAGAAGACCGACGGCGACGCUGGAUCGGAAUCUGAGUUAUCUGACUCUGGUCGAACUGCUCUAUGCGUAUCCUUUCGAUGGCGUUGUUCUUCUGACGGGAUGUGAUAAGACGACGCCGGCGUGUCUGAUGGCUGCGGCGACGAUGAAUAUUCCUGCGAUUUGUCUGAAUGUGGGGCCGAUGUUGAAUGGGUAUAGCAAGAAUGACAAGAUUGGAUCGGGGACGGUAUUGUGGAAAGCGCGAGAGUUGCAUGCUGCAGGCUCUAUUGACGAUGACGAGCUGAAUGAUCUCGUGCAGAAGGGGACGCCGAGUGUUGGGCACUGCAAUACGAUGGGCACGGCUUCGACGAUGAAUGCUCUGGCUGAGGCAUUGGGCAUGGCUCUUCCUGGGACUGCAACGAUUCCGGCGCCGUACAGAGAGCGAGCGCAGUGUGCGUACAAGACUGGGCUGCAGAUCGUGGAGAUGGUGCAGAACGAUCGUAAGCCGAGCGAUAUUAUGACCAGGCAGGCGUUCGAGAAUGCGAUUGUGGCGAACACAGCCAUUGGAGGUAGUACCAAUGCACCUAUCCAUCUGUGUGCAGUUGCGAAACACAUGGGGGUGAAGCUGGAUCUUGACGAUUGGGAUAGCAUCGGGUAUCACAUUCCCUUGAUGGUGAAUGUGCAGCCGGCCGGAGAGAUGUUGUGCGAGGAAUACUUCCGUGCUGGAGGUCUGCCUGCUGUGAUGGCAGAGCUGCUUGACCAAGGAAAGCUGCAUGCAAGUGCACUCACUUGCAACGGAAAGAGUAUCGAAGCGAACGUGAAGGGACAGCAUACCUGGGACCGAAGGACCAUCUUAGCAUACGACUCGCCCAUGAAGAAGGAUGCUGGAUUCCUGCACAUGACGGGCAACCUCUUUGACUCCGCGAUCAUGAAGACAUCUGUGAUAUCCGACGAGUUCCGAAAAGUCUUCCUGGAAGACCCCAAGGACCCGAAUGCUUUCGAAGCACAAACCGUGGUUUUCGAUGGACCGGAAGACUACUACAAGCGAGUAGAGACUGCCAACAUCGACGAGCGAACGAUCCUGGUCAUGCGUGGUGCGGGACCAUUAGGCUAUCCUGGAGCUGCAGAAGUUGUCAACAUGACAGCGCCGGGCCACUUGCUCAAGAAAGGCCUGAAAUACUCCCUCCCAUGUGUUGGCGAUGGUCGUCAAUCGGGAACCUCUGGCUCACCCAGUAUUCUCAACGCCAGCCCCGAAGCCGCAGAGAAUGGCAACCUGGCGAUUCUGAAAGACGGAGAUAUGCUCAGAGUGGAUUUGAACAAACGUCGAGUUGACAUGUUGCUUCCUGCCGAGGAGAUCGCCCGAAGACGUGAGGAGUUGAUGAAGAACGGAGGGUACAAGCCAGUCCCGAGCCAUACGCCUUACCAGGACUUCUUCAGACGGGAGACUGGUCCUCUGAGCGAGGGUAUGGUCUUCAAGAGAGCGGUGCAGUUCCAGCGAGUCGCGCAGAAGGUGCCAAUGCCGAGAGAUAAUCAUUAG